AUGCCCUGUAAGAACGUGAUUUCUUGGACGACCAUGAUAAGCGGGCUCGAUCAGCAUGGGAUGAGUCACGAGGCUUUACUAAUUUUCUUGAAGAUGGUUUGGGCCGGGCUGAAGCCCACUUCGAGUACUUAUUCCUGCGUUUUCACAUCUUGCUCGGGUUUAAGUGAUUUAUCUCUUGGCCGGCAGUUUCACGGGCAUGCCCUGAAACUCGGGUGUGUUCUGGACGAGUAUGUAACUGCUUCACUAGUCACGUUUUAUGCAAAGUGCAAAAGGGUUGAUGCAUGUGUGAAGGCUUUUGAUGAGAAGCUUCAUGAUAAUGUAGUUGUGUGGACUGCUCUCCUGACGGGAUAUGGCGUGAAUUCUAUGCACGAGAAUGGUUUAAUGGUCUUUCGUGAAAUGAUGAGAUUGAAAAUCGUCCCUAAUCAGUCCACGUUCAGUAGCGCGUUGAAUUCGAGUCGUGAGAUUGAAGUGCUCGACUUCGGGAAAGGGAUUCACUCUGUGGCCAUCAAGCUCGGACUCGAAAAAGACCCCUUUGUGGGGAAUUCCCUUAUCGUCUUGUAUACAAAGUGCGGGAAAUUAAAAGAUGGGAUUCUCUCAUUCGACGAAACCGAGCCAAAAAACAUAGUUUCGUGGAAUUCGAUAAUCGCGGGUUGCGCGCAGCACGGCCGUGGCAUGUGGGCCCUCGCUUUUUUCACCCGUAUGACAAAAACGGGACUCGAACCGGACGACAUCACGUUCACCGGUUUGCUUACCUCGUGCAGCCACUCGGGCAUGCUCGAGAAGGGAAAACGCGUGUUCGAAAGUAUACCUCGAUUUUUUCCAUCUUCGGAGAAGAAGCUCGAGCACUAUGCGUGCAUGGUCGAUAUCCUUUGCCGAAACGGGAAGUUAGACGAGGCGGAGGAUUUAGUCGCGAAAAUGCCGGUCGAACCCAAUCUGUCGAUAUGGCUCGCGUUACUCAGUGGCUGCAGGUCGAAUAAUUCGAACGUCGAAACUGCCGAACGAGUCGCGAAAAACGUGUUCAAAAUCGAACCAUACUGUAACUCGGCAUAUGUGUUGCUAUCGAACAUAUAUGCCUCGACUCAUAGAUGGGCCGAUGUGGCGAGAAUCAGACGGCACAUGAAAAAGGUCGGAACUUCAAGACAACCCGGAAAGAGUUGGGUUGUAAUAAGAGGCGUGAAGCAUUCGUUUGUCUCGUGCGAUAAAUCCCAUCCUUUGAGCGAGAAAAUAUACGAGAAGUUGGAUUGGUUGGGGGAGAAGCUAAAAGAGCACGGUUAUGUGUCUGAACAGAGAUUUGCCUUGCACGAUGUUGAAGACGAGCAAAAGGAAGAACUAUUGAUGUACCAUAGUGAGAGGCUUGCGAUAAGCUUUGUGCUUGUUAGUGGUACAAAUGGCGGUGUUAUAACGGUUAUGAAGAAUGUGAGGACUUGUGGAGACUGUCAUUCGGCCGUUAAACUCAUGGCGAAGAUUGUCGGGCGGGAAAUCGUGGUUCGGGACUCGAGCCGGUUUCAUCACUUCAGGGAUGGGUUUUGCUCAUGUGGGGACUAUUGGUAA